AUGGGUUGCUGUAUGAGUUAAACAGAGUAGAGGGCUAUUCAGAACUAGAAUGGGAAUCACAAUCCAGGCAGUCAUUCGCACUAUCCUCCUGAGAGAGCUAACAAUUAGGCUUCAAGAUAAGCUCAAGGAGGAGCCGCACAUGGUGCGCUCUCAAAUAGAGACAAUCAAAAUAGCUCUUCAAAUCAAGUUUCAAGAAUCUCAUAUUUGCAAAACCCUAAUGUCGAGAAAGUGUUAACUACACAGACGACAGGGGAGGGCAUAAAGAAGACUCCAUCAUAUGAAACACCCCUGACAAAGCAUGAGUUGGAUAAAUGGAGGAAAGAGUUUUGGGAGACUAGAACUUAGGGAUCAUCGCAUAUAUGGCAAUUGUUAAGAAACGCAUGUGAGGAAGUACCAGAGACUGCAGAAGCAUUAAUUCAAGCUGCUGGACUUACAAUGCCCUAAAACUCAUUGACCUUGGCGUUAAAAGUAAGAUCUAAAAAAGGAGAUGUAGUACUGGGGGCAACAAAUCUUAUGUCCAUUUUAGAAUUCAAGAAGAAGUUUUUGGAAAAGACUGAGGACAAAGAAAAUCCUGUCGAGAACAUCCGACUCUUUUGCUUAGGGAAGGAACUUAAAGACGACCUGUUUUUGUAUUCUUACGACAUGGUAGACGAGAUGGUACUCCAAGCAAUGUAUAAAAAAUGA